CUGUCUCCCCCAUUCGAACAAAAACCAGAGGAGCGGCGGUGAACCAGCGGUGCUCCCUUCUCCCGGCCAGUCUUUCUUUCUCUCUUUUCCCUCAUUCUCCUCCUCCUCCUUCUUCUUCUUCUACUUCUUCUUCUUCUUCUUCUUCUUCUUCCUCAGAACAUCCGAAAAUCCACUGUUCAUCGUCCCCUUCCUCUCGAAUCCAAACUGAAGCAGAGCAGCGGAGACCCCUCCUAGCUUCUUUCUUAUUCCCUCUAUCCCACUCUUCUCUCACAUCGUUUUCUCUUCUCCCUCUUCCCCCUCGACCUUUUCCCUCAUUUCCCUAUCAUUUCUGAUCUCUCAACCUCAUCAUUCGUGGCUCCAUCUAUCGGGCAGAGCUCGUGCUUGGGAGAAGAUAGUCUUUUCACUUUAAUCUUCUCGUCCCUAUUUUCCUAUCGGCUCUAUUACUUAGAGAUCAAUAAACCAAGGUCAAAGUCUCUAUUGCUUCGUUCUUAUUGGAGCCAAAAUCCCAACCGACAGCGGCAAGCUUGAGCACGGAUCAUCUAAAACAUUAUCUCGUACUAUCGAAUCCUGUGUACAUCUUGAGCAUCGCCAUUGUUUGAACGUGUUCAGGCCAACAUCCAUUUCAAGGCGAGACCAAUAUCCACUACAAGCUUUAGUUAUCAGGGAGGUUAGGGACUAUUUCGGGGUUUGACCUGUUUCAGGGGUUAGACAGACCUUAUACUGACCCCCCUAAACAGGUUUGAAGAAAAAAAUUAUAGAGCGCCUAUCGAUACAGACCAAUACGUUGGAUGGGGUGUAACAGUCUUUAUUGAUAUUUAGAUCCUUGAUCUGACUUAACCUUAGUCUGGCACUUCUCAAGUAAAUCAAUUAAAAAGAGAAAAGGAUUCUACUCUAUGCGAGAUGGAAAAACGAUUUACAAUACUUGAAAUUCUCUUAAACUAUGUGUAUGGCUUCCAUUGCUUACAAUGCUGGAGCUUCUCUGGAUUUUCUUAACAAAAGAACAACUAUAAAGCCAUUUCUUGUGAACCUUUCUUGCGUUGCUGGGAAUUAUUCAUCGGUGUCUUUUGCCACUGCUCAGAGGUGGAAUUCCAUACAAUGGCCUAUCCGAGGUGUGGGUGUCCGUAGUUUAUCUAAAUCACAUUCAUUGCCUAGAGUCUUUAAGUGCUUUUCAGUAAGUUUGGAGCAGUCUGGUGCCAUCAAUAAGGGAGAUAAAGAUGGGAUUUUUGAAGAGAGAGUCAUUGUGUUGGUCAUUGGUGGUGGUGGUAGGGAACAUGCCCUAUGCUACGCCUUGCAGCGAUCUCCCUCUUGUGAUGCUGUUUUUUGUGCUCCUGGGAAUGCUGGAAUUGCUGCCCAAGGGAAUGCUACCUGUAUACCAGACCUUGACAUUUUUGACAGCUCAGCUGUAAUCUCAUUCUGCCGCACAUGGGGAGUGGGACUUGUUGUUGUAGGACCAGAGGCUCCUUUGGUUGCAGGCCUUGUAAAUGACCUUGUGAAUGCUGGUAUCCCUACUUUUGGCCCUUCAUCUGAGGCUGCUGUUUUGGAAGGCUCAAAGGACUUCAUGAAGAAGUUGUGUGACAAAUAUGGUAUUCCCACUGCAAAGUAUCAAACAUUUACAGACCCACAUGCAGCAAAGCAAUAUAUCCAAGAGCAAGGAGCACCUAUUGUGAUAAAAGCAGAUGGACUGGCUGCUGGGAAAGGAGUUGUUGUUGCUAUGACCCUAGAGGAGGCAUAUGAAGCUGUUGAUUCUAUGCUCGUGAAGGGUGUUUUUGGGUCUGCCGGUUGUCGAGUCAUUGUUGAGGAAUUUCUUGAAGGGGAAGAAGCUUCAUUCUUUGCCCUUGUGGAUGGAGAAAAUGCCAUACCUCUAGAAUCUGCUCAGGACCACAAACGAGUUGGGGAUGGUGAUACAGGGCCCAAUACAGGUGGAAUGGGGGCAUAUUCUCCUGCACCCGUGUUAACAGAAGAACUUAAAUCUCUGGUCAUGAGUUCUAUAAUCAUCCCAACUGUGAAAGGGAUGUCUGCAGAAGGCUGCAAGUUUAUUGGAGUCUUGUAUGCUGGACUCAUGAUUGAGAAGAAAUCAGGAUUGCCUAAGCUCAUUGAGUACAAUGUGCGUUUUGGUGAUCCAGAAUGUCAGGUUUUGAUGGUUCGGUUGGAGUCGGAUCUGGCACAAGUUCUGCUUGCUGCGUGUAGAGGAGAGUUGAGUGGAGUAUCACUGAGCUGGUCCCCUGGUUCGGCUAUGGUUGUAGUUUUGGCAAGUCAGGGAUACCCUGGAACCUAUGAGAAGGGGACUGUGAUCCGAAACCUUGAAGAAGCAGAGCUAAUUGCUCCAUCAGUUAAAAUAUUUCAUGCUGGAACAACCAUUGACUCUGAUGGGAACUUUCUUGCUGUUGGUGGCCGUGUACUUGGGGUAACAGCCAUGGGAAAGGAUAUUGAGGAAGCUCGGGAGAGGGCUUACCAAGUUGUUGAAUGUAUCAACUGGCCAGAAGGGUUCUAUCGGCGAGAUAUUGGUUGGAGAUCUCUUCCUCACAAGCAAUUGACAACCAGAAUAUAAGCAGGUCUUUGAUGUGCUAGAUGAUGAAUUUAAUUUACUCCUGUAAUCCCUUAAAUUGGCGAGAGGGACUGAGUAAUUAGAUAAGAUGGGACUAGCUUACAGGAAAGUGGGGCUUUUUGAGAGUAGCCUACUCUGGUCCAUCCAGAAAACCAUGGCAUAGUAGCAAUACUAGUGUAUAUCGGUACUUCAAUUUAUCACAUCCAUUCUAAUCCAUUCUAAUGGAGUUCUGAUCUAUCGUUAAAAAUGUGGAUUGUUUGCAGAAUCAGAUAUGCUUUGAGGUCCAAAUGAGGCCUUGGACGGAUUAUGUUUGCAGAAUUGCUAAAUAACUUUUAGCUAAUAUAAUCUGUAUUGUUGACAAUAAAGUCAAUAACAUUGUUCUGUUGACGAAGUUC